AUGUGGUCAGCUCAAGUUGGCCCCAAAACGCGUGUAGAUUUACUUCCCCACGAAACGAUGAAACUUAAGCUACAAACACAGAGUACAGAGACCCUACGAAAAUGUUUCUCUCAAAUCAAUUCACUCAGAAAGUUUGUCGUAUUGAGAUUCAGCCCCGAUGAACUCCUAGCUGUUCUGGCAGACGAAUCUUCCGUCAUUCAAGAACCACAAGUAUGGUGCAAAUUCCCCAUGUACAGCAUCUUCUCGGAUGUCGAGGUCAUCAGCCAACGUGACAAUGUGAUCCUUUUGGAAAUAAAUAUCGAGCUAUUUCUUCAGACACUCAGAAACUUCGACAAGGCCAAUAGCAGAGACUUCAACAUUCGGUUGCAAAGAAAAGAAGGUGCUGGCAGAUCGAGAGCAGCCUACUUGGCCCUCAGCUACUCUGAAACAACAAACUCUACCAUCAAUCAUACAUUUCGUGUCCCUGUGAAGAUCCUCAAGUCGAAUGUUCUUGCAAAGGUGCCUGAACUACCACAUGUAGACAUCAUGAUGAAGCUUCCGCCGGAGUUCGCGGCAACAUUUCGACGUUUAGAAAAAUUCCGUAAUAAAAUGAGCCAAGACAGGGUCACCAUCCGUGCCAGUAGGGAGAAUGGUGGCUCGCUACAGUUUCUCUUGGAAGAGGUCGAUAACUACAAGGUGGCGAUUACUUGGAAGGCUAAACUAGAGAUCGAGCAGAAGCAGCCGGAAAGCGAUAGCUUGCGAGCGGUGCAAGCCAAUGCGCCCGUGAACGAGCGUAGCCCGGAUGAACCAGUGGAGGUAACUGUGACACUACGCGAUUGGCGUCUCGCACAGAAGAUCGUCAGCAAUUGCAAAACGAUCAUCUUUCUCAUGUGUCAAAACAACGCAUGCGUAAUUCAUUGUCUAUUAGACGAUGCAGAGGAGGUGGAAGUCAUGUAUUAUGUCAGUGGAAUUCGUAGCCCCGACUAA